AUGUUCAGACCCCAUCUCAGAUCGAUCCAAUCCUUAGUUGCCUCACAGCAGCCAACCUCCAAACUCAAGCAAAAGAAGCUCAGCAUUCGAAUAGGACUACUAAGUUUUCGCCCUCUGAGCACGGGACCCGAAGUGGAGGCUACUGCUACUCACGCGAACGUCACCCCGAAAACAUCGAAGAAGAGAGCUGGUACACAUGGACAGGCAUCAAUUUUGAAAUGGGAUAUGAAAGAAGGCUCCGAACCCUCUGGACGUCCAACCAGGUCUCUGGGCAAAGUGAUUGCUUAUUCGACGGCUGAAGAAUAUGACCUCCGAAGACUACCUAAACAUCUAGAUGAAGCGGGUUACCCAAGAUCGACGAGGAUGUUCAACGUGCUCGGCGAGGCUAUCUGGUUGCCACAAUGGCCACCUUCAUCUCCUUCAGCAGACAGUCAUCCUGCGAAGGACCCUAUUGACCGGCAUGGGGAAAUUUUUGUUUUUGAAUCUGGCAGUUUUGUGAGCUGGGGAAUCAGCUCAGAAGAAGCCGCGAAGUUUCUCAAGAAGAUCAUACGACCCAAGACAGAUAAGCCGGCAAGUUUACUAGAAGUAAAUCCCAGUCGGAUACCAGAAAAGGAGACCGUCGAUUACCUAGAAUCGAAUACUGGACCGAUGUUUGAAGUGGAUACCGAUCAGAUCGUCGUUUCUGCUAUCCAACCGGAGGGUUCUCUGCCUCAGGACCAAAUGACGAAAACGUCAGCGACGGUGAGGUCAAGGAAGCUUCUGACACCAUUCAUGGCCUCCUCGACAUCCUCACAAGCUCUUCAACCGCCAUCCGACUUACUCUUGCUGUCUAAGUUAGCCGUCUCCUCCGCUCUCGCCCGGGCCUGUCGGCUCUCGAGGUACGAAGCCCAGCUGGAUGAGUUUCUGUCAAAGGUCGAACAUGUCCCUGCUAAACUCAAGGCUGGAAACGAUUCUCCUCUCAAUAAACACGAAAUCAUCGCUCGCUAUGGUGAACUCUUGGAGCUCAGACAAGGUCUCAGUCUCAAAGAAGAAAACCUUAUUGAUCUACCAGAAUGGUUUUGGGAAGAUACCGGCGCUGAAGAACGCCAUUUCAAAAAAGUCUUAAGAGAGUUCGACUUCGAAAGGAGAUUGAGAGUUUUGAACGACAAACUUUCGAUGGCCAUCGAGCUUCAAGGCAGGCUAUUCGAGUUUAGCAAUUCUAAAUAUUCGCAUCGACUGGAAUGGAUCAUUAUCAUAUUAAUCGCUUUCGAAAUUGCUCAUGCUGUCUACGCUGCUGAUCAUUACCAUUAA